CAUCGUGCGACUUUCUUGUCUCGCUCAACACCAACCGUCCUCCAACACAAGUGCGCCCGCUCUACGAACACCGUCUAACUUGCAUACAUUCGCAUAAUGUCUGAGAUCAGGAGGAAGCUUGUCAUCGUCGGUGAUGGUGCUUGUGGAAAGACCUGUUUAUUGAUUGUUUUCUCGAAAGGAACGUUCCCUGAGGUUUACGUUCCCACCGUCUUCGAGAACUACGUGGCGGACGUCGAAGUUGAUGGCAAACACGUCGAAUUGGCGCUAUGGGAUACGGCUGGACAAGAAGACUACGACCGUCUCCGACCCCUCAGUUACCCGGAUUCUCAUGUCAUCCUGAUCUGUUUCGCGGUGGAUUCACCAGACUCUCUGGACAACGUGCAGGAGAAGUGGAUUUCUGAAGUCAUGCACUUCUGUGCUGGUUUGCCUAUCAUUCUCGUUGGAUGCAAGAAGGAUCUUCGACGGGACCCUCGGGUGAUCGAGGACCUUAGGAAGACUGGCCAGCGCCCGGUUACCCCAGAAGAGGGUAUGGCUGUGGCAAACAAGAUUGGCGCGAAGCACUACCUGGAGUGCUCUGCGCGGACGGGCGAGGGUGUGCGUGAGGUAUUCCAGUACGCCACGAGGGCCGCGCUGCUUAGUCGGCCCAAAAGCAACAAGAGACACGGCUGCGUGGUUCUGUAGACUCAUUUGUAUAGGUCGUGUUGGCUCUUGUGUACACACCCGUACCUCCCGUCUUGCUCUCUGGCUACUUGUGUCGUCUUCACCCGUUCCUCGCGUGGUGUGGCGCGAGUUCGUUGCUCACGCCAUCGACGUCGUCUCCUCUCUACCCUCUACUCUUUUGUCUCGUAACCUCAAGAGUCCAUACCCUUCACGACUAGUACUGUUAUUAGCAAUCCCCAUGAUCUGACAUUUUUCUCUUUUUCUGC